AUGUGGAUAGUUUUUUCCAGGAAAAUUGACGCUGGCACUACGCUUGUCCUCUCUUCGGACGAUUACAGAGAUAUUUCAACUAGCUCAGUUCCUUGCAAAAUCUUGGUGGAAAGCCUUGAUGGAUCUGAUUUGAUGGUCUCGAUCUCCACUACAUCUUCGAUUUCGCUCCGACAUCCAGUCAGCUCCGAGGAGCUCACAAUCACAGACAAUAAGCAAGUGGUCGCUGUGAAGCAAGAGCCAAAGAUUGCUCUUUCGCUUGCCUGCAGAGAUCUUUACUAUGCGAUUCAGUCGAUAGUUGUGGUAUUGACGAGGCAGAAUGCCACUAUCCAGUCAGCAAGAGAUGCUAGUGCUCAGCAGCCCACAGAACGUUCAGUAUCACCAGAAAAUAGACGAGAACAACGAGCGUCAAUACUUGCUCGAAUAAAUUUCGAACCGCCGCCGAUUUUGCGAGAAUUCGAACCAGAAGUCGAAGAUCGUAGUGUCGAACCUCCAAAAGAAGAUAUCUGCUGUCUGCCGGCUUAUCAAGUAGUUUCAGGGGUCAUUUCACUUUUUGGCGCGCAGAAAAUCGAAAUUUUAGGAGUAUAG